CGCAACACACCAUACCAAUUCUCAAGCCCCAGCACAGAAAUAAACCAGCCCUGUCUUCUCUCAGGUCAUCGUUCGAGCCCCAAGGCCCUCACCCACUCUUUGUCUCCUUCUCGCCGCUCGGGUAAUGUCUUUCUUCUUCAUUUCGAGAUGACAGCUCUUUUACACACGAUUCCAAUCGUACUGUGUUUCUAUUCUAUUUAACAUUUUGCAUGUUUUCAUCGCGACGCCUAUUUGCCCAAUUCGAAUAGAGUUAAAGGAGCUUGACGUAAUUUAACUUUAUUUUGGAUGGCAACAAGGACGGAUAUAGUUGAUGAUGAUGAUGACUUUACUGAAAUUUACAAGGAAUACACUGGUCCUCCAGGAUCUACUACCAAUAAUGCACAAGAUAGGUCAAAAGCAAAUAAAAGGUCCCACGCCGGCUCUGAUGAGGAAGAGGAACCUCGGGACCCAAAUGCUGUGCCGACUGAUUUCACUAGCCGAGAAGCUAAGGUUUGGGAAGCUAAAUCAAAAGCUACGGAGCGGAAUUGGAAGAAAAGGAAAGAAGAAGAAAUGAUUUGCAAAAUAUGUGGAGAAUCAGGCCACUUUACUCAGGGAUGCCCCUCCACUCUUGGAGCAAAUCGCAAGUCUCAAGAUUUCUUUGAAAGGGUUCCUGCAAGAGAAAAGCAUGUAAGGGCCCUUUUCACUGAGAAAGUGAUAAGGAGGAUUGAAAAGGUUAUUGACUGCAAAAUUAAAAUGGAGGAGAAAUUUAUAAUUGUUAGUGGCAAGGACAGGUUAAUUUUGGCGAAAGGCGUUGAUGCUGUGCACAAGGUCGUUAAAGGGGAGGGUGAUCAGAAGGGUUCUUCUAGUUCCCACAGGAGCAGAUCUAGGUCGCCUGAUCGAAGUCCUGUUGGAUCACGAUUGCAACGCUCAGAAUCCCAAAGGUCUUAUACAGUUCACCCACGUAAUACAUCACAGUAUCAACAAAGAUUUGGUAGACAAGACAAGAUUGUGGAAGAUCGCAUUCGUGAGGAUAUGCAGAAGUUUUCUAGGGGUUCUCCACAAGCUUAUGGUAAUGAUGGUGGUAGAAGUCGUUCAAGCCAUUCUAAAUCUCCUGCACACCCCCCUUACGCUGGCAACUCAUAUGGUUCAUAUGGUGGUCACAAUCAAAGUGUGAGUGGUUAUAGAAGUGAUGAGGGGAAUACCGAGAGACAGGGACCUGAUUUGCAAUCUGGUCGUCAAUUUGAAUACUCAACCUUCCCUCAGACAUUAGAAGAACUAGAGUUGGAGUAUAAGAGGGAGGUGAUGCAACUUGGUAGAAUUCGUGAUAAGGAAGAAGAUGAAGAGAAUAGUAAGCAUCGUGAGACUAUCAAUGAGAUGAGAGAGAAUUGCAUGAAGAAACUGGCUGUACUGAGGGGCACACAUACAAGACAGUGGGAGGAAUUUCUUCAAGUUGAAGCUCAGAGACGUCAACAGCAGUCAUGCCAACAAAUGCCCACAUCAGGUUUUAGUGGUUAUAAGCAGCACGUUUUCUGUGAUUAUGAUGGCUCCACCAAUCCUCACUACCCUGGGGCUGGUUUACCAAUGGAUUCAAGGGUCAGGUACCCAAAUCAUGUGGAAAAUUAUUCUUCAAGGCCCCAUGAUGGAUAUGGUGAGUUCCAGCGUCAGAGGCGUGAAGAUUUUGGAAAAGCUUACAAUCGAUACUAAAUUCAUGUAAUGGAAAUGAUUUUGGUGAGUUGUCUGUCUUUGGUUGUGUAAAGAAAGACUAAUUAUUGUCUUUUCUUUUUGUUUAUCCCCUCAAAUUUUGAUUGUCCCCUCACAAUCUUGUUACAUCCAUUAUCUUUCCAAAAUUCACAGCCGAUUUUACCAUACUAUAAGAGGCCUCUGUUUGUGGCUAUGGAUGGGAAAAUAUCAUUCAAUUCUGCAUUCUCUAACUGCAA